CCCAUUUCUCCUCCAGUCUGACAUCCUCAUUGAGAUUCCCACUGUCCGACAUCGUGUCUACUCUGCUCAAGUUAUACACUCAGGCAAGCUGGAUUGUUACCAUUCACAGUUCCUUCCCAGGCUUUGAUGUUUUGUGAGCCCGUAGCCGCAAGCAAAGAUCGAUCCCAGUCAUUCACGUACUCGAUUCAUCUUGCGUUGGCCGACCAUUAUUAAUCACUCAGUCGCACAUCACCAACUCAGCUGGUUCUUACACGUAACCGUGCCGUCGCGGUCUACAGAGGGUUGUCUUUGCUAGUCUGGCCGUUUUCUCCCAUCUUUUACAUAUACCGAACACAGUUCCAUCGGCAUGGCGACUUCAACCCUUACCAAGGAGCAGUACCCGCCUCGGCUGUCUCAGGCAGAGCAGAACGCCCUUGUACAGACUGUGAAGGACUGGACCAUUGGCAACGGCCUGUCCGUCCGCCCGCCCGCUAACGUUGUCUCACCCGAGUCGGACCCCAAGGGCAUUCUGGCAGUCAACGUCCCCGUUACGCUUUUCCCUAGCCCGUUUCCUCGGUCGUGCUUCGAGCAGGCCAGGUCUGUUCAAAAGACUUACAACGAGCUCUACGCCGCCAUAAGCAGGGAUGAGGACUUUCUGAGCGCAAUGGUGAACGAAGUAAAGGGUGGCGACGAUUUUAUCAGCAAAUUGUGGGAUACCCAUGUUCGAGUGAAGAAGGAGGGGUACACCCAGCAACUCUCUCUGGGGUUGUUCAGAUCCGACUACCUCGUCCACCAGGACACCACGUCAGGCGAGCCCAAGCGCCAGGUCAAGCAAGUCGAGUUCAAUACCAUAGCCGCGUCCUUCGGGGGUCUCUCUUCACGGACCUCACUACUGCACAAGUUCCUCUCCGUAGCAGAGUACCCCCUUCUGGAGAACCCCAUCGAGUCCGGCUCCCUCGAGCUGCCCGAAAACAAGAGCGUCCAGGGUCUCUCUGGCGGUAUCCGCGCCGCCUUCAACGCCUAUGGCCCCUCGGAGCUCGGCCACAAGAAGUGUGUCAUCUUCGUCGUUCAGGGCGGCGAGAGGAACAUCUUUGACCAGCGCCACCUCGAGUACGCCCUCGCUAGUUCCCCCGACGACCCCGUCCCCGUCUUCCGUAUCCCCUGCUCUGAGCUCCUGCAACACACCGAGGUCGCCGCCACACCCAAGCGGCAGCUUCUGUACAAACUGCCCCGGGACCCGUCCAAGGUCUUCGAGGUCGCCGUCGCCUACCUGCGGUGCUGGUACGACCCUUCCGACUACCCGGACGAGAGCGCCUGGGAGGCCCGCUACCACCUUGAAAAGUCGGCGGCCGUCAAAUGCCCGACGGUCCUGACGCAGCUCGCGGGCAGCAAGAAGAUCCAGCAGGUCCUGGCUACGCCGAGGUCGGGAUCGUCGCCUUCGGUUUUGGGCCGGUUCAUCCCCGACGACGCACCCCAGACGGCUGAGGUCUUCCAGACGUUCACCAACAUCUUUCCCAUGGAUACCUCCGAGGCCGGUCUCAAGGCUCGCAAAAUCGCCCAGGACCCCGAGCUCUGCAGGAACUACGUCCUCAAACCGCAGAGGGAGGGCGGCGGCAACAACCACUACCGCGAGGACAUCCCCGAGUUCCUGAAGAAGACGCCGGAGACGCACUGGGGUUCGUACAUCCUGAUGGAGCUGAUAACACCGCCCAAGCAGGACAAUGUCAUCCUCCGGAACGGUAACCUCGAGGAGGGCGGUGUCAUCUGCGAGCUCGGCAUUUACGGCACGGCCGUGUGGGACCAGAGCACCGGGGAGGUUGUCCACAACGAGGAUGCGGGCUACCUGCUUCGCACCAAGGGCGACACCAGCAACGAGGGUGGUGUUGCUGCUGGCUUUGGCUGCAUGGAUAGCUGUACACUUGUCUGAUGGGGAGUGGAUUGCCCACUGGUGAGAGACUAGAGCGUAGAACCUCGGAAUGACAAACCAUU